CUCGCCUGCAGGCACUUACUUGACUUUGGAAGAAAAGGAAAAAUUUGAGUAGAUUAGAGGUUGAAGGUUUGCAAAGUUUUAUAUAUAACUAAGUAUUUUACAGUAGUUAUAGUAACUAGAACGAGUGGGAAUCGUAUCGAGAGAAUCUCCUAAUCACAAGUAUAUAAUUUGGUGAAGUUUAGUGGAUUUUUUUGGGCUAAAUUUACAGCUGAUUUCACCAUAAUACCGAUUUUUCAAAUACCGAGUCACCAUUAACCUCGGGGAUUAACCGAUCAGUGAAGAGACGUGUGACGGAGAGAUUUUUGAGAUACUAUACUAAAAGGAAGAGAAGAAGCAAUAGUAGUUAAAGGUUAAAGUUUGAACAUUAUGACUGAUAUUCCAAAUUCAAUAAAAUCGGCCUUAAUCAAGCCUCUAGAACGUGUUUAUCUAUUGCACCUCGAAAAGGAUCUAUUAACAUUUAUUAAUGAUUCCAUACUUAUUGAAGUAGAGGAAGAACAAGAUCAAGAACAAGAACAAGAAAAGGACAAUGAUAAACCCAAACCUCAAUAUACCAUCAAAGCUCAUUACCUUAAGAAUUCAUACUAUCGAUUAUUAAGUCAUCAAUUAUGUCAUUACUAUAAUCUACAACAUUGGAAUAAUACUCUUAAUGAAAUCAUUGUAACUCCCACAGAAGAUUUUGAUUAUAAAACAUUUGUAGCUACUAUAGAGAAAGAUAAAAAUAGUGAAAAUGGAUUUCAAAAAUUAUCUGACGUGGUACAUAAAUAUCAACCACCCCCACCUACCAAUGGUAAUAUUCCACAAGUCCCUACCCCUACUACCCCCAAAUCAAUUAUCAAACCCAAACUCAUAAUAAAGAAACCAAAAACAUUUAAACCAUCAUCUGAAGAGAAUAGUGAUACAUCACAAAAUCAAGACACGUUAGAUUCAAAAAUAGGCAGUACAACACCAGACGAUUCUUCAGCUAUCACCACUCCCACCGAAGCAUCAGAUUCAUUCAAGAUUGAAUCGGAGCGAGCUUCGAAGGAAGCUUUGUACUUAAAGGUUAGAGAACAAAUUUUUGACGAAGAAGAUGAAGGACACGAAGAAGAAGAGGAGGAGGAGGAGGAAGAAGAAGAAGAAGGAGCGGAGGAUGGUGAACAGUUUUUAGACGCAGACAAUAAAUACAAUUAUAACCAUAAUGGUAAUAGCAGAUACAAUCCUAUCAAUCCACCAAAUUUCAUACCAUAUAUGGCCCCCAAUUUACAGAUGCAAAUGUAUGGUAAUGGAAUAUCACCUCCUGCUUUUGUUCCUGGAAGUGCAUAUUUCCCUCCCACUACCAAUUCAGUUCCCAUAAUGUAUCCUGGGAAUUUUUACAAUCCUACUAAUUCUAUGAUUCCUCCAGGGGGUGGAUAUUAUGGAUUCAUGGGUCAACCAGGACCACCAUACGAUAAAGAGACUGAGAGACGACUUUUAAAUAAUCCAUACAUUAUUAUUCCUGGAGACAAUACUCAUAAGUCCAAGUAUAAGGGGCGACAAAAUGGAGGGAAAAAUGGCUACAAUCAUUACCACAACGGUCAUAACAAAUUCUACAAUAAUAAUAACAAUAAUAAUAAUUACGGUUACAGUCAUAACAAUAACAAUAACAACAACUCGAACAACCAUGCUAACAAUAAUAACACCAACAACAGUGUCAGUAUAAGUAAUAAUAAUAAUAAUACUCACAACAAUACCACCACUACUAAUACCACCACCGAUACCAAUACCAAUACCACCACCAACAAUACCGAUGGUAAUGGAUACGAAGCCAGUAAAUCCAAGAACUUAUCGAACAAACCGGCCACCAGUCAAUGACAUAUCAGUAACAGUAACUACUCAACUCUCUACCCUGUGUAUAUACCAUUAGUCUAUAGCCGUUUACGACAUUCCCUCCACAAUAGACGAACAUUUUGCGCAUACGUAAACAGCCCAGAAAAAAAAAG